UCGGGGGCGCAGAGAAAGAUGGCGUCGCGGAAGGUGCUUCUUGGUGUGAGGGGGCUCCCGGUGCUGCUGCUGCUGCUGCUGCUGCUGCUGCUGUUCCUCGGGGCCCGGCCCGCAGCGAGCCAUGGCGGCAAGUACUCGCGGGAGAAGAACCAGCCCGAGCCGCCCUUGAAGCGCGAGACUGGGGAGGAGUUCCGCAUGGAGAAGCUGAACCAGCUGUGGGAGAAGGCCCGGCGGCAGCUCCAUCUUGCUCCCGUGAAGCUGGCUGAGCUCCACGCUGAUCUGAAGAUGCAGGAAAGGGAUGAACUGGCCUGGAAGAAACUGAAGGUGGAAGGCUUAGACGAAGAUGGGGAAAAAGAGGCGAGACUCCGACGAAACCUCAACGUCAUCUUGGCCAAGUAUGGUCUGGAUGGAAAGAAAGACACUCCGCAGGUGGAAAGCAACUCCCUCAGAGACGGCAGCCAGGAGGACGCAUUGGACGACCCCCGACUGGAGAAGCUGUGGCACAAGGCAAAGACCUCUGGGAAGUUCUCCAGUGAAGAGCUGGACAGGCUCUGGCGGGAGUUUAUGCACCACAAAGAGAAGGUCCAGGAGUACAACCUUCUGCUGGAGACGCUAAGGAGAGCCGAAGACAUCCACGAGAACGUGGUCAGCCCCUCUGACCUGAGUGCCAUCAAGGGUGAGGUCCUGCACAGCAGGCAUGCGGAGCUGAAGGAGCGGAUGCGCAGCAUCAACCAGGGCCUGGGCCGCCUGCGCCAAGUCAGCCACCAGGGCUACGAUGCCCAGACUGAAUUCGAGGAGCCCAGAGUGAUCGACCUGUGGGACCUGGCCAAGUCAGCCAACCUCACAGAGAAGGAGCUGGAGUCCUUUCGGGAGGAGCUCAAGCACUUUGAGGCCAAGAUUGAGAAGCACAACCACUACCAGAAACAGCUGGAGAUCUCCCACGAGAAGCUGAGGCAUGCGGAGAGCACAGGCGACGGGGAGCGCCUCAGCCGCAGCCGGGAGAAGCAUGCACUGCUGGAGGGCAGGACCAAGGAGCUGGGCUACACGGUGAAGAAGCAUUUGCAGGAUCUGUCCAGCAGAAUCUCCAGGGCUCGGCACAACGAACUCUGAUGCAAUGGGGAGUCGGCCUGGCAGGGGGAGGAUGCUGUGACUUCGCGGAUUCUCCCAAAGGCAAUCCAGGGGGCUUGGGCGGGGGCUGGUCACAGGUGUGACAGGAAGGACUGUUUCAAAUGACUGUUCGGCUACUGACGCCACGUCUUGAAUCAGUGUCUGUUCCCGCUGGUUGAUGGGCUCCGUUUUUCUUACAUAAGUGUGGCAGGCACACUCUGCUGAGGACCUUGCUGUCCAGAUGCCUGUCAGCACUCUGCUACAACAGCAGAGUUUGCUUCAGAACCCUUACAGAUCUGCCACUGGGAAUAGUGUGUACAUAGUCCUUAAAAAUACAUGGCAGUAUCUACACCGUC